AUGGCAAAAAACCAACAUCAGAAUCAAGCUCAAAACCCAUUGCCACUAUCUCAGCCAAUUCAACCAGAUCCGUCGAGGGCAGUAGCAAAUCAUGGAGAAGUUUCAGUGAGAGAUUUUGUAAAUCCAGUGCCAGCACCAAUUCAACCUCCGAUUAUCUAUUCGCCCUUUGGACAAGCUAACUUCCACAUCCGACCAAAUGUCAUAAACCUUUUUCAAAAUCAUCAGUGUGACGUAAUUAGCCACAAGGGGAUGUCACGGGAUGCAUUUCGAAUGUGUCCAUUUCCUCACACUUUGAAGGAGGGUGCAAAAAUAUGGAUGAUGUCACAACCUCCUGGGAGCAUUGUAUCGUGGAAUGAUAUGAUUCAAAAAUUUACCAUGAAGUUUUUUUCGCCAACUCGAGUUCAUCAAAUUCGGAAUGAAAUCCACACAUUUAAGCAGAAAGAACUCGAGAGCUAUCCAGAGACAUGGGAAAUGUAUAAGAACUUAUUAAGGAAGUGCCCUAAUCUUGAAAUUCCUAAACAAGUGCAAAUGUACAUCUUUUACUAUGAAAUACGCCAAGAAUUCAAGAAUAUGGUAGAUGCUUCAGCGGGAGGAUCGAUAAUGGCUAUAAACGUGGACGAUGCUUAUGAGCUGUAUGAGAGGAUAGCAGAAAAUCAAUCGAUGUGGCCAAGCGACAAGGAAGUCUCGAGGAAAACAACUGGCAUAUAUAAUGUGGAUGCAGUGAUAGCGUUGACAGCACAGAUGGAGGCAAUAACUAGAAAGCUUGACUCUUUGACCCAUUCUGUGAAUAUGGUACAAACUCCAACUCCGAAGUGUGCAAGUUGUGGGGUGGAUCAUAUUACCGCAAAUUGCUCUUUGGCUUCUACUCACAUAGGUCAACCAGCAAAUGUCAGUUAUGCGCAGAACUAUCAGAGGCAAAAUGGACCUUACACAUACAACUACCAUCCGAGUUUGAACAAGCAUCCUAACUACGCGUGGGUUGAUAAUUCAGAUCAAGUAAAUCAGAUGAGGGGCAAUCCACUAGCAAUUCAGCAAAAAGAAGAAAAGAGGCAAUCAUUGGAGGAGACGGUGAUACAGAAUCAGCAAGCCUCUAUACAUAACUUAGAGAAACAGGUGGGACAGAUAGCAAUUGCAUUAGCCAAUAGAGCACAAGGUACUCUAUUGAGCGAUACAAAAAAGAAUCCAAAGGAACAGGUAUUAGCUGUUGAAGUUGUAAAUUAUGCAACUAUCGAGACACCAUUGAUCAAGCCUGCUACACCUGUUCAAACUUAUGUGUUGCCUAUCCCAUUCCCUCAAAGGCUUCAAAGACAACCUAAAAAUGAACAAGCCCAGGCUAUCACAACAAGAAGCAGAGUUCAGCUGCCAGAAAUCACAGUGAAGAAGAAGGGGACUGAGGAGAAUCGAAUACCUACCUCGGGGAAAGAACAAGUGGGCCAAAAGCUGGGAUUAGGAGAUCCUAAGGCGGCAUCUAUUAUUCUUCAGCUAGCGGACCAAUCACUGAAACACCCUUACGAAAUAGUCGAAGACAUUCUUAUCAAGGGGGGGGGGAAGGCAUCUCAGAUGUUAAUAAUUCUGAGAAGGCCAUUCUUGUCUACAAGCCGAGCCUUGCUAGAUUUUGAUGCUAAUGAAAUAGUCUUGAGGGUAGAGGAUAAACAACAGAGCUUCACCAUGGAGAAUUCAAUCAAGCAACCAUCAUACUUUGAGGAUUGUCAACGAGUAGAUCAUUGGGUGAGCUACAAAGGCAGACCAAAUGAAGGUGAAAUUGUUGGUAGGGACACCAAUGAAAAUUUAAUUGUGUGGAGGGUGAAAGAUGAAAGAAGGAAGUGCAAUCAUAUUGGAUUGGAUGAAGUGAAGCAGUGCGUGAAAAUGAAGAAAUAUUGCAGUGGAGGUGAUGGUUGCAGUGAAAUGGCGCGUGAAAAUGGAGAAAUGAUUGAAGAUAACACGACGUCUUUUUUUCCUUCCACCCACUAUUAA